AUGGGGAAGAGUGGAGAGCCAGCUUUGCCCUCGGAGACAGGACAUAUAACUUUGGACCCUAAGACAGUUCACCCCUGUCUGGUCUUGUCUGAGGACCUGAGAAGUGUGAGGUUCAGAGCCGCCCAGCAGGCCACACCCGCCAACCCCAGGAAGUUUGACUUCAGUGCCACGGUGUUGGGAGUGGAGGGCUUUACCUCAGGGUGGCACUACUGGGAGGUGGAGGUGGGGAAGGCAGACACAUGGCAGCUGGGCAUCUGCAUCAACGCACACACAAGGGCAGACAGGCCUGACGCGUCUGAGUGUAAAAUUCUGCUCACAAGGUCCAUAAUGGGGAACCAUUGCACCUUCUGGGUCGCGCCCCCUUUGAAAAGAGUCUCUCUGCGAGAGCACAUGGGCAUAGUCGGGGUCUUCCUCUACUAUGAAUACGGGCAUCUGUCAUUCUACGAUGUCACAGAGGGACACCUCAUUUAUAGUUUCUCAAAUCUUGUCUUCCGGGGCACGGUCAGGCCUGUCUUUUCUCUUUGUGUUCCAAACGGAUGCUCCACCUCCGACUCGCUCAGAAUCUGCCCCCCGCCUGUCUCAGCAGAUGCUGUGCCCGUCACCCAGCCACUUUUCCUGAUGUGA